UCACACCAUAUGGUCGAGAUCCAAGUUACAAAGCCUCCAAGCAAGCUGCCAGCGCCACUCCCACCUUUGGAAGAUGAAGCAGCUUCGAGAGCAUUUUUGGUUGCAUGGGAUCCUAUAUUGGAUUAUGCUUCUGCAACUUUGGCUUCCCAGAUGAACAUUCCCACUUUGGCCAGUGAAGUGCGAGAACAGCUCCGCAGCUUCGAUCUUGAACAGCUCAAAGUGCAAGCAUUCCAUAUCAAGGGCGUGUCAGUCACGGGAGUCCACCUUCUCGCUGUUGGUGGUGGUAACUUUGUGUUCCUCGUUGCGCUAACCGACAAAACAGAUUUCAUCGCUCGCCUCCGGAUACCCACCGCCGGACUAUCUGCUGAGAGUGUAUCUGCCGAACUCUUAUCCGAGGUUGCAACAAUGCAAUUCGUUGCCAAGCAUACAACUAUUCCUGUUCCCGCCAUCUUGGGCUGGAAUGACACCUCUCAACCGGUCGGGACACCUUAUAUCUUCAUGGAACGAGCUUUGGGCGUGCCCCUCGCGCAGGUCUCUCCUCUCUUUACGACUGAAUCCUGGCGCAGACUUACUGCGGAGGUUGCCGAUUUCGAGCAGCAGCUUGUUGACCAUCCUCUGGAAGCCAUCGGGGUGCUGACUGAUGCUGACGGUACCGUCGGUCCGCCGCUACACCACUACAUGCUCCUUCCGCCGAACUCUCCUCGUUUCACGUCCUCCCGCGACUACCUCAUGGCCCGUCUGCGUGGCGCACAAGAACGCAUUCCCGACCCUGUCGAGUGGCAAAAGACGCGGGCGCUCUAUUCUGAAGACAGCGGGGGCAAUGACGCAAAUUUUCUCACCAGGGACGAGUUUUAUAACUACCUUGAGCGACUACAUGCCCACGCAACGACGAUGAAAUCCAUACCCGAACUUUUCCGUCUCGCCCACAAUGAUUGGCACUCACUCAAUGUCCUCGUUCGAUCCGCCGAAGACCCUACGAUCGUGGCCGUCAUCGACUGGCAAGGAUCUCACGUCCGACCCUUCUGGGAUCAUCUUUACCAGUGUUUUAUGUCCCCACUUUUCCAGCGCGACAACUACGACGUGGCCAUUCCCGAGGAGGAACUUAGCAAACUGUGGAUCUCUCUUCGGAACAACAUGCCGUUCCCGGAAUCGUGGUUUUGGGUGGAUGCUCUUCGUCUCAUCAAUAGUGAUCCCUUUGAAUUGACAAAAACGGCCGUAGAAAAGGUUCUGGCUAAAUAUGAAUCAGAAAACCAGUAA